UCGUUGGAGCCUUGAAAACGAUAGUAAACCGAAGACGUGAGCAUCAACGGGCUUCUUCGCUCUGACAAUCAGCCUUCUCGUUUAGGGAUAAUCUGAUAGGUGUCCGAACUCUGCUAAUCAACGACUGAUUUAGAGAAUGCUCACCAUUUGAGCCGAAAGAGAUAUCCCAAACGAGUAUUUGGAUUUCUAUCAAUACUCUUCGCAGUAUAUCUAUCCUGUGUAGAACACGCGUUCUUCGGAGCUGUUACCAUCUAUAGCAGAGGAUGCGACGCAUAUACUUUGCAUGACGCUUUCCACACGCGCAGUACUUUGGUUACGCCUCGAAAUUAUCUGCCAGCACUGCAUUUAAUUUUUAAUAGGUAACAGUUGUCCAAUUUACCCGUUUGUAAGCCACUAACAAAAUGUCCAGCCAACGUCCAACAAACUGUUUUCACGAAAAUGUAUUGAAUUUCCGUUACAGACGAGGGAAUAAAUUUACAGAGCUCAAUUAAAGCCAACUGCUAUUUGUAGUAAAUAAAUUAUUGCUACUAUACUAUUCAUGACCACACAUAUCUCGAUGCACGAAUAAAUACACGUAAAUAUGCGCCCUCGAAAUGGCGUAGAAAACUAUUAUAGCAAUCGAAAGAGUUUUCGUUGCUAUGAUAUUAGUGUAUGUAGUGUAUGUAUUAUACCUAUUUGUCAAUUAGUUUACUCAAAAUACGGGGUGGAGAUUAUUCAAAUUACACGUGUAACGUUAUCAGAUAAGAAGCAGAAGUUUCUGUAGUCAACAUCCCAACAAAAUUCAGUAGGAAAAAAGAAAUCAAAGUAAGUAAUCUGACUCCUAAUGCGUACUCCGGCGUUUUGACAGCUAUAACACGUUCACACGUUCCUCGAUCGUCGAAAAUGAUCACGACGCAUAACGGCACAUCGCCUACGUAAGUGCGGCCAUGCAUUUGUUCCCCGAUGAGAAGCGCUUUUCUAAAACGUUCAGUGAACACACGCCAAUAAACUUAUGAAUAAAUAGUGUAGCAAUGGCAAAUUAUAGACGGCGCAAGUUUUCGGAAUCUUAUCAAGAGUUUGGCGAUGAUAUCCGAGGAUCGCGACUCGGCUCACCAGAGCAAGGAUCGGUAAGAUCAGCUGGCAGUAGCAACAUCAGCAGCAAUACGAAUACCAGCAGUAACAACAAUGUCGACAUUUCGAUGGAACUCACCUCUGUUGCAGUCAUUCCUGACGAUACAUUUACCGUUGCACAAGCUGUCAACAUGCUGGGCUUUGGCAAGUUUCAAGUCAAGUUAUCACUUUUUACGGGUCUGUGCUGGAUGGCAGAUAGCAUGGAAAUGACUAUUCUCAGUAUUUUAAGCCCCACACUUCAUUGUGAAUGGGAUAUUACGAGGUAUCAGCAAGCUCUGACUACGACGGUAGUUUUUUUGGGCAUGAUGCUGAGUUCAACGUUCUGGGGAAACCUAAGUGACCGAUAUGGUAGGAAGCAGGCAUUAACGAUCUGUGCAGUAUUGCUAUUUUACUACGGAUUCCUCAGUGCAUUUGCGCCAAACUUUUUGUGGAUUCUUCUACUCCGAGGACUUGUGGGAUUCGCAAUCGGUUGUGUACCACAGUCCGUUACCUUGUAUGCAGAGUUUCUCCCCACAAAGCAAAGAGCCAAAUGCGUCGUCCUAUUGGAUUGUUUUUGGGCGCUUGGAGCAUGUUUUGAAGUGGUCCUUGCUUUAGCCGUGAUGCCGAUCCUUGGUUGGAGAUGGCUUCUUGUAUUGUCUACACUUCCUUUAUUUGUGUUUACUCUUAUUACACCGUGGCUUCCUGAAUCAGCAAUGUUUGAUGCAGCCUCAGGUCGUAUGGAUAAAGCUUUGUCGACACUAGAGAGAGUGGCUAGAGAAAAUGGUAAGCCUAUGCCGCUGGGUAGAUUGGUCAUUGACCGAUGUUAUCCAAGUGGUCGUGGUAAGCUUCGUGAUUUAUUAUCUUCAGAGAUGCGUCAGACUUCUAUACUGCUUUGGCUAGUUUGGAUGACCAGUGCCUUCUGCUAUUACGGACUGGUACUGAUGACCACGGAAUUGUUUGGGAGUUUACCAGGUGAAUGCGGUACUUGGGGAGCCAAAACAAUCACUGAAAAAGACUGCCGUUUACAGUGCCAAUUGGAAAGUAGCGAUUACAUGGAUCUUCUUUGGACAACUUUAGCAGAAUUCCCUGGCAUAUUUUGCACGAUAUUUGCAAUCGAAAAGAUUGGUAGAAAGGGCACAAUGGCUGGGCAAUUAGCUGUAUUUUCAAUGUGUGUUUGCUUGCUCAGCAAGGCGUGCAAUCUGAGUCGAACAUUUUUGACAAUUUUAAUAUUUCUGGCCAGAGGAUUAAUCGCAGGAGUAUUUCAAGCUGCAUAUGUAUAUACUCCUGAGGUUUAUCCAACGCAUUUACGAAGCGUUGGUGUCGGUGCUUGCAGUGCUAUGGCUCGGUUGGGAGCCAUGUUGACUCCAUAUGUAGCACAAGUUGUGCUGCAAAAAUCUUUAUCCUUUGCAAUGGGCGUGUAUGCAGUUGCCGCUUUAUUAGCAGCUGCGGCGACCCUGGCGCUACCUAUUGAGACCAAAGGUCGAGGAUUACAUGAAGGCCCUACUUUUCCAAGUCAAAACUGAGGUAAGUAUUCCAGAAAAAGGUGCUUAACAUUAAAAUAUUUUACCUGCAUUCUUAAAAUAUCAAACAUGCACCCAUUAUUAAUGCAUAUGCAUUAUGAUUGAAAUCAAAUUACUGUUGGCAAUUUAAAAAGACCUACAUGUAGAUUUACAAAUCUAGAUAACAGACAAUUUUCUCAGCAGUUGAUAACCUCAGGCUAAUUGUAGGAUGAAACAUUUUUUGUACUGAAUGAUAUGAACGUGCGUUUUGAGUCAUCCGCAUUAAGCAAUCCUAAUGUGUACAUUAUUGCAAAGAGUUUUCGUUAACUGCAUACAUUUAUUGGCCAUUCUGUAUUAGCGGUCAAGUAUUAAACGGUGAAAUAGGAUUGAAAUUAGUUGAAAUGAAUGUUAGUAAAUACAAUUUAUUUAUUCAUAUUAUUUUGCAAAUUAAAGUAGUCUUUACGCCAAAAAGCAGUGCAGAAAUGGAAUGGUUUAAUUAUUUGUACUUAACAUUUAUACGAUUUUCACAAAAGCACAUGUCACUUUUUACUACGUGUUUCUUCGAUGCCCAUUUAUUUAUUUAUUUAUUUAUUUGUUUAAUUAUUUAUUUAUCUAUCCAAUAUGUAGCAGACUACGUCGAACUUUUAAAAUUUUAUGGCCUAUCCUCAUAUCAAGGUACAAACACCAUUGAUACUCUUAAAACUGCCAGAACAACACUUUAAAAAGUACUUGCGUGGAGAAAUAAUCAAAACGCCAAAGCAUUUUUAUAGAAUGACAUUGCGUAUGCAGCCACCACAAAUUUAUACAUUUUUGAUAUGUAUAAACCGUUCGAAAAAGUGACAAUGGCUUUUACUAAAAAUUAUGAAACUGCUGGAAAGAUUUAAGUCACCCUGGUAUGAUGGUCGAUUUUAAAUCGUUGGAUAAAAACAAUAACUUUCAGUAUUUUAUACAGCGAUUAAGACGCACAAAAAAACAUUUAUCAAAAUUGUAUAAUAAAUAAAUGUGAUACCUUAGUAAGCAUGAAUAUCUGAACUUUUUCCACAUGUAACUUAAUACCAAAAUUUAUUUAAAUAAAAAUUUAUCGCUUUUUAGCAAUAUUUUUAAGUACUUUAACAUAAGUUAUAAAUAUGUAACCAUAUAAUAUGCAAUUGUAUAAUCUAGCUUUCAUAGUGAAAUUGUUAUUCAGAAUAUAUAACGACAACUUUGGAGGGAUAUGCGAUCCACGCAUACCAUGUCAUGUAGUAAAUACCUAAAUAAAUAUGCUAUGUAUAUCUAUAAUCUUCCAAUA